CCAUGUUGCUGUUUUGCCCAAGCUGCGGGAACGGGCUGAUAGUGGAAGAGGGGCAACGCUGCCACCGCUUCGCCUGCAAUACCUGCCCCUACGUACACAAUAUCACCCGCAAGGUAACAAAUCGGAAGUAUCCCAAAUUGAAAGAAGUGGAUGACGUGCUUGGAGGAGCUGCUGCUUGGGAGAACGUUGACUCCACUGCAGAGCCAUGUCCCAAAUGUGAGCAUCCACGUGCCUACUUCAUGCAGCUUCAGACGCGCUCUGCUGAUGAACCAAUGACCACCUUCUACAAGUGCUGCAAUGCCCAGUGUGGACAUCGCUGGAGGGAUUAGGGGCCAGGCUGGCCCAGC